UCCCGAGACCCCAGCUCUGCAACUCGCACCCGCCGGCGGGUCAGGUCAGUCGCGUCUCUCGCUGUUGCUCACAACGUGCUCGACAAAAUAGCUGCGAGGUGCGCUGCCUCUUUUUGUGAGCCGAUCGGAGCAGAGGGCGUGGUUGGUUACAGGGGGUGAAGAUAGAGAAGCUUAAUGAGGCGGUCACAACUCAGUGCUCUGGCAAAUCUUCAGAAUUUCCUGCUCAAGUGCCUCUUAGCUAUCCUCUCAUAUGGCCCAAUGCCCGAACACGUGGCAUUUAUUAUGGAUGGUAAUCGCAGAUACGCUAAAUCCAGAAGCAUCCAGCAAGGAGAUGGACACAGGGUGGGUUACUCCGCUCUUAUUGAAAAUCUGGUUCACUGCAACGACAUGGGCGUGAAGUAUAUCACGGUCUAUGCAUUUAGCAUUGACAACUUCAAAAGAGACCCAAUUGAGGUGCAGUUAUUGAUGGAGUUAAUGGAGGAAAAGAUCAAUGAGCUAUUGGACAACCAAAGUGUGAUCCACAAGAUGAACUGUAAGAUCAACUUCUGGGGAAACUUGGACCUGAUGUGCGAGCCAGUGAGGUUAGGGGCUCAGAAGUUGAUGGCAAGCACAGCUGGAAACACGGGUUUGGUCUUCUCAAUUUGCAUGCCAUAUAACUCGACUUCUGAGAUCGUCAAUGCUGUUAGUGAGGUCUGUGCAGAAAGGAGGGAAGUUUUACAGAGAGACCAUGCUGGCGACUCUAAUGGUCAAGCUGCAAACAAUGGUGUGCAUUCGGAGAUUUCAGUGUCUGAUUUGGACCGCCACAUGUAUAGCGCUGGUUGCCCAGAACCGGACAUCGUGAUCCGGACUUCAGGGGAGACUCGACUGAGCAAUUUCCUUCUGUGGCAGACAACCUUUAGCCACCUGCAGAGUCCGCACUGUCUGUGGCCUGAGUUCUCAUUCAAGCACCUUAUUUGGGCAAUAUUACAGUAUCAGAGAGUUUACCCUUAUCUAGUGCAAAACAGAAAGCUGGCUAAGAAGCAGCUGUGAAUCUGUGAUAUCUUCGCAAGGAAUCACCGGAGAAGGUUCAUCAACUGCCGAGGCUUGCCUCUUUAUUUUUCUUAUUGUCUAUGGAUGGAAAUGUCAAACGGAAUAUUGCAUAUUCUCUAGUGACAGGCACAGAGACCAAAGGUGAAAACAUGUGUGCCGUGGUAAUUGUGUAUGUGUGUAACAAACACUUAUAUACGAGCUUGUACAAAUGUUUUGUGGCUCCUGGAUUUAUAGGCUGCCUUAGGGAAACGGUCUAAAUAUAAACUUUUUAUGAAAAACACUUGGUCUAUGCAAAGUAA